ACUUCCUCAAGCAGGCGUGCUAGCUGUUUGGAAAGGGAAGUGAUUCACUUGCAUGGAGUUAUUCAUUGCCUCCUCCUCGUCUCCAACUGCAGGAGCAGCCCUAUGACAGGCUCUGUGCCUGGCUGUAUGGUGCCUCUCACCCCGGCCGCUAUGUCCAGCCCCAGCAGCAUAGAUGAGGUGUUCCUGUAUGAGGUCCCCUCUCUGAUCAUGUACAGGUUCUAUGAGAUCAUGGACUCACUGGAUGACACAGACUGGAAAAAGUUCGCUUCCAUGAUCAUUUUCGAUCAGACCGACCUGCGCCUCCUAGAACAGCAGGGGCGCCCGCACAGCAGGACGCAGAAUGUCAUUUGGAGCUGGACAAGCAGGAACGCUCGAGUAGGGGACCUGCUGUUGGUCUUACAGAAGCUAAAGUUAUUGCGGGCGCACAACAUUUUUGAAUGCUGGUGGCUGGAGUACCAGUCAGGUCUUCCUGCGACUCGGAACACUACGCCCACCGCGGCACCUACCCCUCCACCCAGGUACACACGGCCGUGCCUGGAGCAGAGUGACUCUGAGAAGAAGAAACAGUUUUUAACACCUUCACAGGCGGACACUGUGCUCUCGAUUGGUACUACAGCUUUAACAUUGUCACGUUACGGUAGCCCACUUCCCCUGCCUGGACCUCCUCCCCCACACAUGAUAUGUAGCAGCGUCUGCCCAUCCCAAACCUCAUGCUCCGACAGUAGCAGUAACAACGCUGACAGUAAUAUCCAUUCCUCGGUACAGGAAUCCGCUAUCCCCAGUAACUUAAUAGAGCCACCCAAGCAUUUGUUGUGGAAUUUUCAAGAGGUGAUCAAGGGUACGAGGAACUUCUCCCCAUCCUUGCUCAUUGGAGAGGGUGGAUUUGGCUGUGUGUAUAAGGCAACCAUCCGGAACACUGAUUAUGCAGUCAAGCGGCUAAAGCAGGACGCAGAGUUAGAAUGGAGCACUGUGAAGAAGAGUUUCCAUACGGAGAUAGAGAAGCUGACGUGUCUCCGACACCCAAACAUAAUUGACCUAGCCGGUUAUUGCAUGCAUGGCGAGGAGUACUGCCUUAUUUAUCUCUACCUACCCAACGGUUCACUGGAAGAUCGGCUGCAUCACCAGGGCAGCUUCCCGACACUCUUGUGGAAACAGCGCCUGAAUAUCCUUCAGGGCGCAGCCUGCGGGGUCCAAUUCUUGCACACCUGCCAACCCAGCAUCAUCCACGGAGACAUCAAGAGUUCAAACAUCCUCUUGGACCAGGCGCUAGUCCCCAAAAUUGGAGACUUUGGGCUGGCUCGUUUUAGCCGCUAUACAUGCAAUGCGGGGAAAAGCCGUACCUUGGCACGAACCAGCACCGUGAGGGGGACUCUGGCAUACCUACCUGAUGAGUACGUGAAAAUGGGCAAGCUUACAUUUGAGCUGGACACUUACAGCUUCGGAGUGGUCUUGUUGGAAGCUCUAACAGGACGAAAAGCCAUAGAUAGUGAUAGCAACUCUCACACUAAGUAUCUGAAAGACAUUGUUCAUGAAGAGGAAAGUGAUGAGGAGGCCGUGUCCAGUUCUGUGCAAGGAGCCACUAAAGUCGCAGAAAACAAAAUGUCUAGGGCUGCAUCUCGCAUUUGCCGAUAUCACUUAGACUCUCGGAUAGGACACAUUCCUGUAGAUGUCGCUCAAGAGCUUUGUUUGCUGGCAUGUCGGUGCUUGGGACGGCAGAAGAAACGUCCCAGUAUGGUGGAGGUGUUUAAUGACCUUAAGAGGUUGCAGGAGCUCCUGCCUUCUCCAGGGAUGGGACACCACCUUAAUGUACAAUGGCCUGCUUCUGCCAUGAAUGACUCCUUUCCUCUGGUUUUGGAUCUCCUCUCCAGUUUGCAGGACUCCAUACUUACUCCUCAGGAAAAUACUGACAAAUUCACCCCAGAUGGCUUCCUGGUUGAUAGCCCUCCGGCAUUAGGCAGCGUGCGACCUUACAGCCCCUAUGUCUCCCGAUAUGAAGACAAGUUGGGCGUUUUUUCCAGUAUAUCUUCCAGUGGAAGUCUAAGGACAUUUCAGAGGACUCCCAAUAUACCUGUGGAGAGUGAUGAAAGUGUCCCUGAGUUUUCUCGUGCUACUGCCUCACAGCAACACAGCAGUGGGGAAGUUCCAGGCACUACAUCACCGAUAGCCGCCAUGCAGUGUCGGAGUACAGUGCUUUCAGCCUCCAACAGAUCACCAACCCCUGAAACAUUUGCUGGACAAAAUAAUGGCUCCAGUGCCAUGCAAGGUGGAAGCAGUUUGGCGGCAGCUGAUGCGCAAGCUAUCUCCAUGCCACAUCACCAGAUCGUCAUGAAUCCUGCCAAACAGAGAUUUGUGGAGCAGCUGGCGCUAUAUGAGCAGGGGAAAAUAAGCAGCCUAGAACUCCUGUACUCUGGAACAAGUCCAGGACACCAUUCAGAGACCCGAGGGUCCCCAGAAGAAAGUGAUGACUUUCCUAGCUAGCAGCGUGGUAAGGCUGUAUUGAGGAUUAAAGAAUACUACUCUCAGCACAUGGCUCUCAUUCUACAGAAAGAACCUGCACUUGGCAACUGAUGCCUUGGAAAGUCAGAACCUUUGUACGAGAUCAAAUGACUUCAGUGUGGCUUUACUGACAUCAAAACAGAUGUCGUUCCCACCAAAGGACCAGGAAAACAGUAUUUCAGGCUCAAGCACAUAAGGAAGGCGAAUUAUACUCUACUGUGCUCCCAGCGACCCUCCUAUUAAACAAGCCUGUGUGAACUUUGCUUACGGAAAUAGCAAAACUUCAUCUUGUGUAUUUAUUAUUGGACGAUUGUAUAGUAAUAUUUAUUGUGUGUCUUCUUAAUACAACAAUAUGGUUUUAUAAAUUACUUUUUUGUCUCCCUAUAGUUUUGAUUGGUGUACAACACAUACUGAAUGCACUGCUAAUGUUCAGCGAUUGUAUGGUCGGAGAGAUUGUCCUGGUUGCCCCCCAGAACUGGAUGUCACGGUUUUGCCAAUCUCUGUAGUAGGGAGUGCAGAGUAUCUCUGCUAUUUCAUUGGUUAACUCAAUACAUUUUGAGAUUUUUUAUUUUUUUUACAGUUGCGUAUAUGUCCGAUGUUUCACUGUCCAACUGCCGCGUAUGCCUUUUUCUUUUUAUGCUCUUUUUACAAGUUUUCUUUUUUUUCUAUUCUGCUGCUUAAAAUAAACUGUUCAAAAUGUGUUGAAAUAAAGGGUUACAAA